UAUUUCAGUGUAUAGGAGGGAGUUUUUGUGAGGGAAUCCUUGGUUGUUUGUUUUUUGUGGUAGGUCAGAUAGGUUACUAUUGGUCAGCUGUAGGAUGAAAUCAAAUAAUUAGGAUUGAGGGUGUGGUGAACUAAAUAUGAAUUGUCUAUUGAAAAUCCCAUGCUGCUCCAACAAUAAUCUGAUUAUGGUCCAUUGUCCAUAAUGGUUAUGGCCCUAAAUGUCAUUUUGUGUAAAGACUGAGUGUACUGGAAGUAGUUUGACGUUUAUUGACUGUGUUUAGAUGAACAGAUGACUACAGACAGAGGGCGCUAGAGACAUUUGGAGGAAAACUGAGAUAAUAGGGAGAGAGAGAUCCUCACAUGGACAUAAGCAUGACUUUGUUGAACAGAAGCUUUAGAAUGAAACGGCAUCUUGUGGCUUAGAUGUAAUCGUGACUUACAGUGAGAAUAGAGAUGGGUUCAAAGUAAUAAUAAUCACAGAAUACACACAUCUGAAAAAAGAAAAAUUGUUAUUUAUAUGUAAUGCAUAAAGGAUUAUGGUUUAAUUGCACAUUUUUAUUGUCCUCAUAAAUAGAUAUGUGAUAAAAUGUUUUGUGCUUUUUCUGAGAAUAUAACUAUCUUAUGAAUAUACUAUAUGUUCCUCAAAUAAUCAUUAGCCAGUGUUAUGGUUUUGUCUAAAGUCCAACUGAUGCUUUUGUGAAAUAGAAAGCUUAUUGUCAGUCCGCCCAACCCCUUUUGGUCUUUUGAUCAGUAAUUCAACGGAGAGGACUCAUCUCCUCAUAUAAAAUAAAUUGCCAUCCCUCACAUGCACACACAUACAUGGCCUCACCCCUCCUCCCCUGUCACUUCUCUGUAUUGAAUGUUAGCUCCACCCUCUCUGAGGCAGCUACUGUUUCUGUCACAUGUGAUGUCAGAUUGAUUGAUUUAUCAGAGAGAGAGGGAGAAAUACAGGGAAUGAGGCAGAACAUUAGCAGCUGAGCCUUGAGUGAGAAGACAGACUAUUGCCAAUCCAUUUAAGAAUUAGCAUAUCUGUCACAAUAUACAUGAAAUAGUUGGCUACUCUGGCAACCAACACACUAUUAAUCCACUUCCUUUCUGUUCUGGCAGGAGCUGCAUGCUGCACCAUAACAAGGCUCCUUGGAGAUAGAGGAAUGCAAAUCUGCAAUCAUGAUGGAAGGAUUGAAAAAACGCACCAGGAAAGCUUUCGGGAUACGGAAGAAAGAAAAGGACACUGACUCUACGGGGUCACCAGACAGAGAAGGAGGAGGAUCCCAGAAAAAGACUAACGGGGCUCCAAAUGGGUUCUAUGGAGACAUUGAUUGGGAAAGAUACAAUUCUCCAGAAGUAGAUGAAGAAGGAUACAGCAUCAGGCCAGAAGAAGAGGAGGCAGCAGCUGUAAAAGAAAAGACUCACUUUUUCUCCUCUAGUGAGUCUGAAGAAGAGGAGGACCAUCGCAAAAAGUUCAAGAUCAAAAUCAAACCCCUACCGGCAGACGCUAGCAUUGCAGCACCAUCGGUAGAUGAAUUAAAAGCCUCCGUAGGCAACAUAGCUCUGUCUCCUUCGCCUCUGAGACGUAGCCCGAGUCUGGCAAAGAGAAAUGCACAUAGUGAUGAAAUUGCACGGCCCAGACGUGUUGUGCCGACGCCUGUACCAGCUCCUGCGCCCUCCCUGACACGUGCACCUGCUUCUGCACCUGCUCCCGAGCCUGCUAGUCGUAAGAAAUCACCAGUGCCAGAGGAUGCAACAGCCUUAUUUGGUCCACCACUGGAAACAGCCUUUGAUGAGCCGAAGACCAGUGAAGAGGAACCUGAGGUUUGGGGUGCACCCCUGCCUGAGAAACACCUAGACUCCUCUCUGUCAACAACUUUUACUACAGGAACACUGCCUCCGCUUCCGCCUAAGAAUGUGCCGACCUCCCCCCCUCCAAGUGAAUCUCCUGAUACAGAACCUUCCGAUGCGCAAAAAGAAGAGGAUGGUUCGGGGCUGGCCACACAGAGGCCUUCAAUAGCUGAUCUGGACAAUAUAUUUGGUCCAGCAGAUUCUCCAAACCCUGUUCAGGAUGCCGGAGACAAGUGGGUCUGCUUCAGUGACGCGUCACCAAAAAAACACCCUCCUUCAGAGGGAGAGACUGCACCUCCAUUCCACUCCUCUCCACCUCCCCCAGCAGAACCCGCACCCCCAUUACCUAAAUCCCCACCUUUAUCAGAGGAGUUCAGCCCUGCUGUACAAAAAUCACCAACUUCUCAUACUGAGCCUGCACCUUCUCUUAGGAAUAGCCCACCACUUUCAACACUUCCCCCUAUUCCCAAAGACACUUCUCCUUCUCCUCCAACUGUCCCACCUCCUCCAGUUGAAGAGGCUCCACCUCCACCAACUUCAGAUGAUCCUUUCCACUCCCCCACAGAUUUUUUACCACAUGCUCCUCCAAUGGAGACGCAAGCAAACUCAACCAAUAGCCAACAAGCUGCUGUAGAGACAAGUGCACGUACAAUCCCCCUACCCUUGGUUCUAAACCAGGAGGACAAGAGGAGCCCAGAGGAAACCCCAUCAAAAGAGGACCUGAGUGAGAGCAGCACUUCACCCAAAGAGAUUGGUCAAGGACCACGUUCGACACCACCCCCUCCCCCACCUCCCACAUACAGGGCGGUAGUAUCAUCCCCAGGGCCUGUCCCUCCAACUGGCACAGGCGGAAAUGAAAGUGGCUCCUCCUCCCCUCCACGUCCCUCAACACCAUUGGCUACCAGCAGCUCCCCUCCUCCCCCUCCACCACCAAGGCCACCAUCACGACCCAAACUGCCUCCUGGGAAACCAAGCGUAGGAGAUGUGAAUCGGCCAUUCAGCCCCCCUGUACACUCGGCGAGUCCCCCUCCAUUGGCUCCCCUGGCUCGGGCGGAGAGUACCUCUUCCAUAUCCUCAACCAACUCACUGAGCGCUGCCACCACACCUACAGUCGGUAAAGAGCUCUCCGUGUCUGUGUCAGAAGAUGAUGCUUUUAUAGACAAACUUCCCAACUUUGAGAGACGGGCAGACAUGCCAGCAGAGACAGACCAGCCCUCCCUCGUUUGGUUUGACAGAGGCAAGUUUUAUUUAACAUUUGAAGGCUGCUCUCGAGGGCCCAGUCCCCUCACCAUGGGAGCCCAGGACACACUGCCUGUAGCGGCAGCUUUUACAGAGACAGUGAGUGCCUACUUCAAAGGAGCUGACCCUAAUAAGUGUGUGGUGAAGAUCACUGGAGAGAUGGUGUUGUCCUUCCCGGCAGGGAUCACUCGGCAUUUUGCGAAUAACCCCUCGCCUGCUGUGCUAACCUUCAGCAUAACCAACUACAGUCGACUGGAGCACGUCCUCCCAAACCCUCAGUUACUGUGCUGUAGUGACACCACGCAGUCUAAUCCAAACUCAAAAGAGUUCUGGGUGAAUAUGCCAAACCUGAUGACCCAUUUAAAGAAGGUGGCAGAACAGAAACCACAAGCAACAUACUACAAUGUAGACAUGCUGAAAUAUCAGGUGUUACCGAAAGGUCUACAGUCCACUCCUUUAAAUCUGGCAGUAAGCUGGAGGUGUGAGCCCACCAGUACAGAUCUGAGGAUAGACUACAAAUACAACGGUGGGGCAAUGACUACUCCUGUCGCCCUUAACAAUGUUCAGUUUCUCAUCCCAGUGGACGGAGGAGUGUCGAAACUGCAGGCUGUGCAUCCCACAGCUGCAUGGAAUCCAGAGCAGCAGAGAAUCUUGUGGAAAAUUCCAGAUAUUUCACAGAAAUCUGAAAAUGCAGGAGUGGGAUCUCUACUGGCUCGUUUCCAGCUCACUGAUGGUCCCAGUAAGCCCGCUCCAGUGGCAGUACAGUUCACCAGUGAGGGCAGCACUCUGUCAGGCUGUGACAUUGAGCUUGUUGGCCUUGGAUAUCGCUUUUCACUCAUCAAGAAGAGAUUUGCAGCAGGAAAAUACAUGGCAGACAACUGAACAACAUCUUGCAAGUCUGCAUAUUUUGGACCAACUAUGACAAUUCAAAACACAGGACAGACCACAACCCUGACUUGUACUUGACCUUACGGGUGAACCUUUGUAGAUGUACAAUACAGGUGGACCUCACACACUCCAGCAGUAUUAAAUGAGUUGCAUUACACAAAUGUGGACCGUUUUAGGGUGUACUACUUUAUAUUUGUGAACUGUAUUCACAUCUGUAUUACUGCAGUUAAAUAGCCCGGGUUUGUUCGUAAGGUUUAGCCUCUAUUUCUGUCCGAUGUGGUGUUGGCUGUGCCUGAACCUGAAUUCUCUGUAUCCCACUUUAAAUGUGGUACACAAAUGUAAUGGUUUUAUUACUCUGUGCAUUAGGCUUGUCAAAGGUAUCACAUUUCAAAACAAUGUAGGUAGGAAAUGAUCUAAAGUUCUUAGUGAGGAUAAAAACCGGCUCUGUUUAAAACAUACUGUAAUUGAGCCGUCCGCCACAAGAUGGCGCUGUAUUGUUGCAUGUCUGAACAGGAUUUGAUAUUGCUCAUGAAUAAUUGGUCAUGUAAAAAGAAUUCAGGAAUCUCACCUUUUAAUUUAGUACAUUCAGGUUAACUUAAGGAUUGGAAAACAAUAGAAAUUGUAUUAUGUCAGGAUUUUUAAAAAGCAAUGGCUUUAAAAGUCUCCUGCUUGUAAUAGACAAAAAAAUUUCCCAAGAAAAAAGUCAAAUAUAAAUUGAUAAUAUAUAAAUAUAUAUCUUGAAAGCCGUGAGUGUUUUCUUGUACUAUUAAAUAGCCUUUCUGUUGUUCCCAAGGGAACAGUGUAAGACAUCAGAGUACAUUUACGUCAUUCUAUUUUUAUUUAUUCAUGAUAAUUUGUUGUAAAAAAACAAACAAAAUAAAAGAUACACUGUAUAUGAAUAGACUUUGAAUGGUAUCACGAUUUAGGACUUUUUGUUAUUUGUGUAGUUGGUUAAGGCGUGUACAGUAUAAUGCUGAGGUAUAAUUUUUACAUUUAUUUCAGAUGGAAUUUUUUUAACUCAAGUGCAAAAGAAAAUUUAUGCUAGGCUAUAUAUGGGUCAGGGUAAACAUUUAAAAACUGAAACGGGAUACUAUAUCUACCUAGAUGCAUCAAGCUUAAUGUUAUUACAGUGUUAUGUAUAGCAGCACUACUGUAUUAGUUACAACAUGGAUUGUCAGCUUUCGUUUAUUCUUUAUACAUUCAUGCAAAUGUGUUUGUAUUCAGCCUCUACACCCCACAGCACAUACUGUAUUCCCGAGCAUGAGCCCAUAUCCCACCACCCCUGCGCUUGAGAACAUCUUUAUUUCGCAAAUGGUAACGGUCUCUGUGAGAUGACGAGGUUUUUUUGAGUGGUUAAAUGACCAAAUCACUUUUUUCUUUCUUUUUUUCCGUUUGUUUGUGUAUAUCCAGAAUUGUCCUGUAAGAGAGAAAAUAAGCUGAAUAUUUUUUAAAUGUUAAAACUUAUGAAUAAAGUGAAAAAUAUUGUUUCUUGUGGAAAAAACGAAAAGAUAAAAAACACUGUGUUACUGUUUAACUUUCCGGAUGCUCUGAUGUUUAAUGUCAAGAACAAACAUGACUCGGUUACAUGGAUCUUUGAGUGUCUGAUGUAGACGUCGUGAUGGCUCUGAGAGAUUACUGGUGCUUUGUGAUUCAUAGGUUUGUCUCCAUCUGCAUUAAGACUGCAUUGUAUAUUUUCUGACCACUGUAACUAUAAAGGGUUUUUAAUUGCACUGAGAUAUAAAUCUAAGAAAAACUCCUAUGAAUUCAAUUCAGUGUAGUGCUUAAAAAGUACAGUAUGUCUACAUGGUUCAAAGUGAAAUGUCGGUCAGAUGCUCAGACGUAAGAAAUCUCAUGUAUGUGGAUGUGUGUGAAUGUAGCAUUAGUGUGAAGCGGAGUUUGUGAGUGUGCUUGUAUAUGUGUGUGCGCGCGCGUGCUGUCUGGUAACUGUACACCAUCUCUUCCCAGCGACAUGUGCAAGCUGUGUUUGUACAAAUACUAUUGAAGAUCUGAGAUACUGAGAUUACUUUGCUCUUUCCAAAACAAUAAAAUAUAUAAGCC